GUGGUGACGGGGUGGCUGCUCACACGUGCCGCCGCCUGUCGUCUUUGUCCUGCUUCACAGCCUCACUGGCUGCCAUGGGCACUGCCUACAGGGAGAGAAGCUGACUACCGCCUUUUGCCAUCUCCUAACAUCGCAUCCCUUGCAGCAGAAGCAGCGUUCACCAGCAUCGAGUCUCUGCCUUAUUUCAUUUAUUUAUUUAUUUAUUUUGCGCGUCCUCCCGAGGCACAACGAGCGGACUCCCCGUAGGCGAAACCCAGCGACGUCUGCCCACCUGGAGGAGGAUGCUGCCGCUGCCGGGACGAUGAUGGAUCGUAUGCGCGGUUCCAUUUCGGCUCCAGUUGGAUUGGUUUCUUCUGGAUAAUGCGCACAGGGCUGCGCGGCGCUUUUGUAUGUCACCCUGAUUUGGAAAACCCCCCAUCCCAUCAGGAGAUCCAUGCCCCGGUUUCUGCACCGUUGUCACCAUGUCCCCAGCGUCGGCUGCGACCGCCAGUGAGAGCAGCACCACCACCGUCCCCGAGGAGGGGCCGGACAGCCCGCGAGAGGAGCAGCGACCCCAGAAACAGUCCCUGACUAAAUCCUUGUGUCAGGAAACUCACUGGAAAUGCCUGCUGCUGUCCCUGCUGAUGUACAGCUGCGUCGGGGUGAUGGCAUGGUGCCAGGUGACCAAGGUCACACACCUCUCCUUCGACAGCUCUCACAAGGGAAAGUCUAUGAUGUACCACGACAGUCCCUGCUCCAAUGGCUACAUCUACAUCCCUCUGGCCUUCCUGGUCAUGCUCUAUGUGGUCUACCUGGUGGAGUGUUGGCACUGCUACACCAGGAACGAGCUGCAGUACAAGGUGGAUGUAGACAAUGUGGCGGAGCGCGUCCAGCGAAUGCAGCAGGCUACGCCCUGCAUCUGGUGGAAGGCCAUUAGCUACCACUAUGUCAGGAGGACGCGGCAGGUGACGCGCUACCGUAACGGAGACGCCUACACCACCACGCAGGUCUACCAUGAGCGGGUCAACACCCACGUGGCUGAGGCAGAGUUUGACUACGGGAACUGUGGGGUUAAAGACAUUUCAAAGCACCUGCUGGGCCUGGAGGACUUCCCCAUCACCAGGCUGAGGUUCACUAAGUGCUUUAGCUUUGCCAACGUGGAGUCAGAGAACUCGUAUCUGACUCAGCGAGCCAGGUUCUUCACAGAGAACGAGGGCCUGGACGACUACAUGGAGGCCCGUGAGGGGAUGCACCUGAAGAAUGUAGACUUUAAAGAGUAUAUGAUUACCUUUUCUGACCCUAAUCACCUUCCCUGGUACGCAUCUAACUCCACUUUCUGGGCGGCAGCUGCUUUCACCCUCUCCUGGCCUCUGCGGGUGCUGACGGAGUAUCGCACUGCCUGUGUACACUACCAUGUGGAGAAGCUGUUUGGUUUUGACUUUGUGCCAGUAACUCCAUCUGAGGAGCGGCCGUAUUGCCGCCACAUCCCGCGAGUGAACACAAUCGACAGCACAGAGCUGGAGUGGCACAUCCGCUCCAACCAGCAGCUGGUGCCCAGCUACUCAGAGGCCGUCCUCAUGGACCUGGCCCAGCUCUCAGGGAGCUGCAACAGCUACUCUGUCUGUGGAGGCUAUGGCAGCUACCGGCAGAACUGUGAGCGCUGCCACCGUGCCAUCAGCAGCUCCUCCAUCUUCUCACGCAGCGCCCUCAGCAUUUGCAACACGGGGAGCCCCCGCAUCCCCUUCAGCGCCAGCCGCUUCUCGCUGGGCCGGCUGUAUGGCUCCAGGCGGAGCUGCCUGUGGAGGAGCAGCGGGAGCCUGAAUGAGACGUCCUGCCCCACAGAGAGCACGCGCUGUCUGUCAGGCCAGCAGACCAGUAGUGAGGAGAACCCUCCAGCCUACCAGGACGCGCUGUACUUCCCAGUGCUCAUUGUACAUCGCAACGAGGGCUGCCUCAACCACGACCACCGCUCCCUGCACAGAAAUGGCUCCUGUGUGGAGACUUCUCUAUGACCCACAGCUGAGCAAGGGAUAUAAUGAUACCUGCAACACAGCAAGAAAUCUCUUGGGCUAACAUUGACUUAUGCUUCUCCCUUUUACAACAGACGUAACUUGAUCACCUGCUUGUUACCACAAACAAGGAUGUGUUCUAGUUUCUAAAGACACUGUAGCCUCAAACAGGAAACAAAGUGCAUCUGGGAAAGUACAUACAGUUCAGUCAGUAAGUCAGGGAAAAACAGACUUCAUGCCAUUGAUGAGACUGUUACACAAUGUGGCUUUAAAGGACCAAAUAACCAAGGAAUACCAAGAGGAAUCACAUCCUACUGUAAAUGCCAUAUUUGUAGAUCCUCGUCACAGACAUUUUACAAGGAAAUGAGUAAUACUUUAUAGUAGGUUAAGCCGAAUAAAGGUUUUGACUCAGUGGUAGCCCAAGAAAUUGCCAGGAUGUGAAAGGAAUACGACAAUUAAUGGGGGCCUUAAUGAGAAAUGAGGAAAUAUUGUGAGUCAUGUGAAUUCAGAGGUAGAAUACAAAGAUGUCAGCCUCCUUGUCAAAGCAUAAUCAACAAGGCUAUUUGGUUUUCCGGAAAUAAAAUGUCUCAUGGCUCUUUAACCUCAGCUAAAAAUCUAAAAUCUAAACAUCUGCAUGUUGAUGUUGAGGGAUUAUAAUCUCCUCAUGCAAAGUCAACGUUCAUGGAAAUACAGUAAAAAAUGUAAUACAUUUCCUUGGUAUAAAAAUAGAUGUCCGAUGCGGAUGCUGAAAUAUCAAGUUAGCUGAAAUCGGCUCAGUUGCUAUGACAUCAUACUUCCCAUCUCGCUAAAUAUGGCAACACAGUGGAUGAAUAAUUUAGAAGAGGUGGGCUAAAGGACACGAGAACUUCAAGCCGAAUCAACAACUCCUCUUCUUAAUUACUGUAAACUGUACAUUUUGUAUAACGGCCAACUGAAUACUAAAUAACCUCACCGUAAUAUUGAUAGAUCUGUGUCAGUUCAGCUAAGUUUAGAAUCUCAAAGAUCCUUUUAAUUUCAUAUUUGGCAAUAUUUGUAUUCAGCCUACCUCUUUAUUUAAGUGCCUAGCAAUCAACUGUUACUGACGAGCAUAAGCUAUUAUAAAUAAACUCAUUUCAUCUCAACAUCUCCAUAUUUAUACAAGUCGAAUUUACACUCAUAAUAGCACAGUGCACUAGAGAAACACAGUCUCAUUGUUGUUUAAAAUACACAAGGCUUUAAAAAUCCAGCCCUAAGAUGAUUUUCCUUCCUAAUAUAACAGCUCUGGUUUAGCCGAAUGAUGGUGCUGCUGAUGCAUAUCAGAGAGACAGCCGGAGACUUGGCCAUCAAAGACGCUCGAAAUAGGCAGAGGCCUGGAUUCACUACUGAUAGUGUCAGAUUUAAUAAUAUGACAGGAUUACUUUAAGGGACUAAAAAAGAACACUUCCUCUCAAAUGAGUGCAUGUUGUAUCUUAGUCAUGGUGAAUUUUAUUUUACAGCCAAGCCAUGCAAAAAAAGUUUGAACGUUUUACUGGAAACAGGCACGCCACAAGGAAUGUAGGAAUUAACCCCCAAAAGUCAAACAGUUUUGUUUCCUUUUAACUGUAAAGUCCCACAGCAUGACUCAUCACUCAAAUUGUGCUUUAUUUUUUCUUUGGUUCUUAAUCUUAAGGGAUGAAAAUAAGCACAGUUAUUUGUGUGUAAACCAGCCCUCAUCUCACGAGGCCUGCAAAGACAGACACACUGGCGCGGAUCACUUUCCACCACAGAGACCUUUUAAAACAUCUAAGAAUAGUGUAUAUCACAAUUGCGCCUGUGUUCAGACAUAUUGUAUUACUUCCUGUUACAACUUGUCUUCACAAUAAUGAGCCUGUGCUGUAAAUUGUGACCAAUUAGCCAUACUCAUUACAUUCCAUGUGUGGUGUUAGGUUUGGAAUCACAGACUAUCUUUAAAGCAAUACUAGAAAAUACAUUGAAAAUAGCCAGAGAGGUUGUGGCAUGAUAAAUCCCACCCCACCACCCCCCAACUCACAGGUUAUUCUAUGCAAGCCCCUAGAACUCAGGAUAGUAUUCAGUGCAGAGAUUCUUUGCAGCAACAUCUAAACCCUGUCAUCCUUCCAUUAUCUAGGACAAAGUUAUGCAGACAUUUAAUUUUGAUUUUCAAAGGAUCAGCUGCAUUAUAAUCAGAUUGUUUGGGGGGUUUGCAAACACAGGAUGCUGAACUAAACUGACAUAACAUAUAGAGCAACCACCAGCAGCCAGUUUGCUUAAGCUCAGAAAAAAGACUGGAAACAUGGCGAAACCAACCCGGUCAUCAGAAUAACAGGUUGGCCCAAAUUCAAAUUCAAAGGCUUUUUAGUUCAAAUUUGUAGGUGUCACACGUAUCAUAUCACCAUGCCAUACUAGAGACCACUAAGCUCAUGUUUCACCAUCCUUAAGCAUGAAACCACUGGAUAUUUUUCAUGAGAACCGUUUAAACUUGUUAAUUUUGUGUCACCCUGCUUCUAGUCUAAGCUACUUAAACUAACAGACUGCUGGUUGUAGCUUGAUAUUUAACAGAUUUGAGCAAAAGAAAGAAAAGAAUGAAAGAAAAGCACAUUUCCUAAAAUUGGUGUACGACCUUUUUAAGUGACAUGAACAGCAUUGUUGCUUUUCAACUACCAGGAAUUAAGCAGGGAUUGAAAUUGAAAUUAAUUAAUGAAUUCAUUACAAUUUCUUUUGCCAGUUAUUUAUGGUUCUGAGUCAUGAUGGGCUGGAACGUAUACAAGCACGCAUUGGCCAGAAGGCAGGGCAUCAUGGGCUGUUCAUGUACUGUGAGAUAAAGCUUAAAAAACUACAAGGAAGAGCAUGCAAACUCCAUGAUCUGGUACAUCAUUUUGGAGUUAAGUCACUGUUUUUUACUGAAGUCAUUGCAUUCUCUCAUUCAUCAUUAGCCUCUCAGAUGGCUUCACUGUGAUAUCCAUACGUGUAAGAAUAGAAAAAAGUGCUAUCCAGUGCAAUGUUUACGCUACAGCAGUGACAAAAAAAACACAUAUUUGGGGUAUUACAUCUAACCACAAGGUUCAUAACAACACAUUUUCCUUCAUAGAUGACUGUUAGCAUUAAGGUUUUUGUCAUGCAAAGCACUGAACCCUUUAUCAUGUGUUAGGUAGAUUAGUUUGCUUUCAUAUGUACUAUUUCACUUAAGAAUGCUCUGGGGUUUGUCUUUUUUAUAUUUAAACAAUUUUGUGGAUUUUCAAGACUGUAGAGGCAGAAAGGAUUUGUACUGUAAAUAAAGUAGAGGCGAGAGGUUAGAAUGACUGUCGAAGUGGAUCUUGUGCUUAGCUGAAUGUGUCACGCACACUUAGAGGUAAAAGAGGUAGGGACGUGUUUGUUGAGUCACAAAUGGCAAUACAAUCCAUGUAAAAUGUUUCAGGCAACAGCAUCUUUGUGCUACUUUUUAUCUACAAUUUUAGAUUAUUUUCUGCUCCCCUUAAAACCCAUUUUUUCAUUUUUUAAAUCAUAUUUGAUACACUUUUAUUUAACCAAAAAUGUCAGAAUGAUUUGACUGAUUUAGGAUCAGAUGCACACACACACACACACACACACACACACACACACACACAUACACACACACACACACAUAUACACACACACGUAUAUAAACACAGACACAGGUGGUGGUUAAUGAAAGCUAAUGCUCAUUUGAAGAAUAUCAGGAUUCUAUCAUAUGUGGGUACUUUAUGUAUUUGUCCACCAUCAAUUUACUGAAUAGCUUUGUCUCUUUUUCUGUUAUCCUAGAAAACAACUUACUUACUUUGCAAGAUUAAAAACUAGGAAAUGUUACAUUAAUUACUCUAGCAAAGGUGUUACUACUAUACUAUUAGCGAGUAGAUAUAGCUUAAAAAAAACACAAGUCUGUAUGUAUUUCAACAAUACCACCACAACGAUGCCUUGAUGUUACAUAAGGACUGAAUACCAAAUCUGUGUAUCAAAAAUGGUUAAAAGGCUCCUCAUUAAACCGAAAUGCUCACUAAAAUGUGUCAGAAAUUACUUUAUGACAGCUGUCGCCACACUGCAAAAGAUUACAGCAUGCAAUACUUGUCCCUGGUUUAUGCGCAUGUCGUUUUGUUAAAAGUUUUGUCUGUAACAUUAAUUGUAUGAAAUAUAAAUGAAGCCUCAAGGUCUGAGAAGUGAAGCUCAAGCACAAGAGCCAUAACCUGCAUUCUCUCUAAUGGCCAGCAGGGGGCAACUCCACUACUUGCCAAAACAAGUCUAAUUGUGUGUACCCUUAUAAGAAAAUGACCCUAUUUCUCAUUUGAUUUAUUACCUCAUUACACAGUUUCCUGAAGAGUUUAUGACCCCAAUUGCUAGUUUCAACUCUACUUCAACAAAGCAGGGUGUUCAUUUUGUAAAUUAUGGUCCCAUUUAGAGUAAAAUAGAGUAUGUACAGUGUGGCUACCUCGAGAGUACCUCCUUGGGUUCUCAGUAUGAUCCAAUCAGGAUCGAGGCUUAGUAAUGCUUAUCCUACAGUGCUUCACUCUCUGGUCCAAAUAUGGUCACUUCAGGCUCCAAAAAGACAACAUGGUGAUUAUACCAAACUCGAGGCUUCAAAACACAAGUCCACAAAUUGACAAGCACUAAGAGGCAUUCUUUUAACAGUUAACUAUCAGAUAUAUCAGAAUAUAUACCAUCAAAUAUCAGAAUGGACACAAUAUGUAAAGCUCACCAAUACAAAGUAUCAUAAGUUUGAUGUUUCCUUUCAUGGAAACAUGUUUAACAAAUGGUCUUUUGUGUGUUUUUUUGGGUUUAAAAUUAGCUACUUCAAUUUAACAAGCAAAGCUGGCUUAUAGUGCAACACGGCUAAAUGAAUAAAGUGAGAGUGCAGUUGGUGAUUUACCAGAAUAGCACUCAGUAGAGCACAUACCUCUACCAAGGCCAAACAACCCCUUUAAUUCACUCAAACCUAAUCCAAUAAAUAAGGCUUUUUGGAUAGCCCUGUAUACUAUAUAUAUUAGACCAUCAUGUUUAACCAUGAUAUGAGAUCACCAAAUCCACAAUCUGCAACAAAAAUGUACUCACUGAUAGAUACCAACUUAAUAUGCAGUCCUGAAAAAUUUACAUAACAGUUGAAAAACGUCCUAAUAUUGUUAAAGACAGUGAGUAAAAAAAUUCCUGGAUAUGUCCCUUUAUCUGAAGCUGCAACAAGUGCUAAUGAGAUGUAUUGUGGCCCAAGACCCAUCCUACAGCAAACCAACCAACCAACAGACAUGGGUGAAAACAUCACUUCCUUGGUGGAGGUAAUAAAGAUGGGUUUGUAUUCAAAAGGAGGUGCUGAG